AUGCUUCUGCCUCGAGACGAGAGGCACCAGCACCAGGGUCUGACUCUGAUAAAGAGACCAAAUCUGAGAGCCAUCGACCUUGCACGCAAAAUUCGCCAGGAGAAACAGAAAGGAAAGGCAACUGGUGUGGGUCAGAAGAGACGGUCCCUUAUCCUCGGUGCCAGUUGCCGCGUUCAUAUGCUAGUAGGAACUAGGAAACUUGGAAAUGUCCUACUUGCUAAAUGGUUGUAGUUCUACACGUGCCGCGUUCAACCAGGUAGCAAGUCGGAAAUUUCGUAGUUCCGACUAGCAUGUGAAUGCGGCAAGUGUCCCCACUGCUAAAAGAGGGUCAUCGAGCUGCGACAGUUCACUCAGCAGCUGAGUAAUGUUCACCCCAACGUUCUGGCCAAGCACAUUCACAGAGGUCUGAUCCUUCCACAUCCAGAGCUCGGUGUCAUCAAUAAGCCAUAUGGAGUUUCUGUUCAAGGUAUUGGGUGUUGUAGCAAUGUAUUUACAUGCCUAUUACAUUAUGGUACAUUAGGCUUAUAUGAUCAAACACACAGUCAAGGAUUAUACAGUCAAGGAUUAUGUCAUGAAAGAGAUUGUUCAUUUGAAAGUCACUUGUACAAAAUACACCCUAAUACCCUGAGCAGUGGUCAAAUUCACUGUGAUUUAAAUCCAAUAAUCUUCCGCCUAGAUGGGUCAAAGGACAAAAACAAUAUCAUGGACGUCUUCCAGUCCUUGCCAAGGUGCUGGAUGGCAUGAGGGCUGGGUCCCACUCCCAGCUGCAAGUCUGCCUUGGAUUGGACAAGGAGACAACAGGGACCCUCCUGCUGGCAAGGACUGAGGAAGCACUGGGCUAUGUACAAAACCUCCACAAAAACAACCAAGUGGAGAGGAAAUAUUGGUGUGUGGAUGUCUAA